CCGAACAAAUCCAUAUUUACAAUGCAGGCCCACAGAUUGCAAUUAUUUGUGUGUUUACAAGCUUGAAUAGUGACCAACGUUAGUCAUACAUAUGUUGGCGGAUCUGCUCUGGAAGUCUUUGCUAUGUGGAAUCCUUCCUUACCUAGCUUACAUCCGCCGGGAAAAUAUGAACAAGCGUUCAUAAAUUUGACGCCAUUAUUGCCUCAUGUAUUCUGGAUUUCCUACAAGGUCACCAGAAAAGUGGGUGGGUCAUGUUGGAUCGUCUGGGUUACUCGUGUUAAGCCUAACAUGAGUAUGACAGGAUGAAGGGGUGGUCACAAAAUCGGCGUUUUUUCAUGACGUAACGUGUGACAGUUACAUGUAAGCGUAAUAAAUUAAUAAUGACCCUAGACAAUUUUAUUCUUAGAAUAAAAAGAGAAUGACCAAUACUUCUUCUAGGAGGGUUAAGUCCAAAAAAAUACGAUAUAUGUACACAUGUAUAGUUACAGGAAUACUUUGUUACAAAACCUAAAUAAACUGAAAGACGACAUGAGAUUCCCGAAAAAUGUGGAAACCCAACCGGACCGAACUACGAGGGGACCACGGAAAGUUCGUGACCGUUCGUGUCCGUUCUGACCUUGAAGGAGGGUCAUUUUGCCCCACUUUUUUUUGUUGGCGUGAGAGAUAAACUUAUCUGCAUCUCAGAUGUAAUGGCUUAAAAAUUCACGAUCACGGCCGAGUCGAGGAGAUCGUCUGAUGUGAAUGGAUUCACCGCGAAAGAGGCAAAACCGAUGAAAUUUAUCCAAGGUUUGUUACGUAGAUUUAGACCUUCAAAACGGAAACGUGUACUUCUUUUUGCAUUUAGUCAUUCAUAACAAACGGAAUAUUAUAAAUUCCUGGUGUGCAUAUUUAUGUACAUACUUUGCUUGUAAAGAGAUAAUGGGGUUGGUUAUUUCGUCCGUUUGAGUUGGUUAGAUUUGGUACGACUUUAAUGAAUUUAAUGAGUGCGUAACAUUACAUAGUGAUGGUUGGAAGGAACAAAUCAUUGGAAAAAGCUUCUCGCAAAAAGUUAGUGUUUAACGGAUUUGUACAGUUUUUGGUAAAAUGUGUACUUCAUAAAUAUUUAUAUUAUAUAAAAGAAAAAUAACUUACAUUUUUCCAAGUAAUAUUUAAGCAUAACUAAUGAAAUCUUUAGUCAGUUGUUGAAUUUAAUACAUACAAUUGUGAAACACGAAAUACAUAUAUUCAAAAUUCUAGGAACCCUGACGUACACACAUAAUUGGAUAAAUUCGGUACUUGUUCUCAUAUAUAGCAUGUUAGAUAUAAUCUGUAAUGAGGUACACAAAAUUAAGACAAGCUACACCACUUCCUUUCUCUAUUUCGUAUCAUCGUGACGUAAUUUAUUGCAUGAAACAAGGUGAAGAAGUGUGUACGUGACACAUUUAUCCUAACCAUUGAAAAUUUUGGUUCUCGCGUACACGCGCUGGACGUUAGGUGGAUGAUUUGACAUUUGUUUAAUUGCAGCCACUUGUGUUUCAAGAUGAUAAGCAUCUACUUAUAUUUUCACCGUUGGUAAAAGGAAUUUACAAUGCACACAUAAGUAAUUUGCGUAUUGUGUACAUAUCUAUUCCCCACCGACCGGAAACAAUAGAUGUUAUGCCAGUCCGGAAUUUGUGGUAUAAGAAGUCUUGCUUUUGACCAGUUUAAACUAACUUUUCGAGCACCUAUUCCCAUCUUGACUACUAAAAUCUACAAUUAUUUUUUGUAACAGUAUUUCCUUUAAAAUUUCGCCAUGUACACGACCCAGUUUUUCCCCUUGUUAGUUCGUCAUCUUCAUUGUUGCCGCCUUUUCAAAGGGGUUCCAUUCAAGUAUGAUAAAAACUUGAAGAAGCUUGUCCUCGUAGAGAACCCCAGGGACAUCCAAAUUUUUAGAGCACAAUGCGUAAUUAUGCUGUUGUACGUGGUCGCUAUGUUCCUUCACCUUUGCUUCGGACCACUCACGGUACAAAAAAAGUUUCAGGCCUUCUCCUUCUUCGCAAUUUAUCUGAUCAUGCACCUCGUCAAGUGGAACUAUCGACUGGAACUCGCACCAAUUCAAGUGAUCAAUUCGUGCAUGAAAUUUGAGAGAGAGCUGGUUAAAGGUGAGGAAGGCAUGAAAAUGUCUACCACAGCCAAAGUGAUGGUCUGCUUCAUGACAACGCUUCAGUACUCUGUUAUCGGCUUUCCUGUCGGGAUCUUCUGCCUUCUCGUCUUCGACCCCUGCUUUCCGCCCUUCCUCCUCUCAAUGUCGACCAACUGUUCGGCCAUAAAAUGGACGAAUUUUGGCCCGGAAAUCCUUGUGCUCGUGUUCGAAACGUGGAUGGCUGCGCAAGCAAUCUACUCUGGAUGCAUUUGGGCAUUCUACAUCCUGUUCGUGGGAAUUACUUGUGCUCUAAAUUACCUUCAAGUUGUCCGCUGCAAAAUGGCCCGUGCAAAAAAACUUGUUCAGCAUAAACUAUGCAUUCGAACGUAUCGACAGGUGCACAUCGUGGAGAAAAUGUUCAACGAUUACCUCAUGGCUCGAAUUACCCCCGCCAUAGUCAUGGCCAUUCCAGCGAUUCAAAUCGUUACACAAUUCGUGUCUGUAACGAUGCACGAUCAAAUCGCGAUGCCAGGAUUUCUCGUAUUUCCCCUCUUCCUAGUGAAUGGAUUUAUCAACAAUGUCCUCGUCUUCACGCUGGCAUCAUGGAUCAAUUCUACGUCGAAGGAAAUGCUGGAGAAGUUUGGUCGGCAAGUGGCUCACGUCGGUGGGAAGGGAAGAGCUUACUUGAGGAAGGAGGUGCAAUCCUUGAAUUGUAUGAAGAUUAAGUUCGGGACUAACUUUAUCGAUCGAGGAACACCGCUAGUCAUACAGAAUUUCUGCUUAGCGCAAACCAUGUCACUGGUUUUGAUAAGGUCGUCAAAAGCACAUAAGUAGUAGUGGAAUAUUUGUAUUUAAUUAAUAAGAAAUUGGCUUAUACACUGGAUGACUGCUUCAAAAAAUCAUGCAUCCAAUUUUGUUUUGAAAUGUAUUUAUAUUAUGUACUUAAAGUUCUUGACGGUGAAUUUACAUAUCCUCAAAGAAAUUGUAUGCAAUUUUUUAAACUGCAAAUAUGCAUUAUUCGUCCAAUUGUAUGCACGUUAGAUAUGGUAAAAUAAAUAAAAUAA